AUGAUUUUGCAUUUCUGGGAGAGGAGAACUUUUUGUAAACAAAAUACUUCUCCCUGUCAGCUCCUGCACACUGCUUUGGAUGGCUGUGCACAGCACAGCCAUCCUAAGCAGUGUGAUUACAGUAAAACACAAACACACGGCCCCAUAGUAAAAGAUACCCAUCACACAGUUAACCCUUUGAUCGCCCCUCAUGUUAACCUCUUCUUGCCCAGUGCCAUUAGUACAGUGUCAGUGCUUUUUAUUAGCACUGAUCACUGUAUUGUUGUCACUGGGGAUGUCAGUGACACCAAGUCAGUUCCCCCCAGUGUCAGAAUGCCCGCCGCAGUC